AUGUACGCAGCAGUCCGAAAAAGGCAUCCGAUGAAAAAAUCUCAUAAGGCCCGCUUGUAUGUAAGAAAGAAGAGUGCCUUAAUCGUAGGGCUGAAUACUUUCAAGAACAAUCCAAGCGGCCACCUGCAGUUGCUCAACCCUAUUCCCGACCCGCAUCGCAACCCUCGACGUGAUCCGGCGAUGAAACACUUCCUGCUGCAUUUGGCUGAAAAUCUUGUUUUGGGAAAAAACUUUGUUCAUACGGAUUUGGAUGAUUACCAUUUAUUUAUUGAUCCAGACAUCUUGGGUAAGCUACAAGAGCAUGUCGAUCAGUUGAUGGAGAGUCUUUCAUUUCCAAUGGCAUGCGCAACUGCCAUGCCACCUGAAGGAAGCACGAUGGCUGGGAUACCGCCAGAUUGCCGAAGUCUAGACAGGGUAAGUCGAGAGGCAGAGGUCGGGUUUGAACCAGAGACCUUCUGGUCACGCCACCGAGCUCACGGUCCGGAUGACCUUCCACCCGCACUGGUCAAAAACGAGGGUGAAGUCCCCAGUCAGCGCUUGUCCGAUCUGUUUGCUUGCAUUUGGGAAAAGGAGUCUGUCCCAGACAAGUGGGGAGAAUCGGUGUUGGUGCCCGUUUUCAAAACAGGGGCGCGUAAUGAGUGUGGUAACCACAGGGGGAUCAGCUUGACCCCGGUUGUAACGAGACUGUUGGCAUCAAUUGUGCUUCGUCGCCUUACGGUGGCUCGUGAGACACUGACUCGAGAGCAGCAAGCGGGAUUCUAA